CUAAGGAGCCAGAUGCGACACGCGGAGUACUAUCAACUAGCAAUGACUCACACUGCGACUCAAUGGCUCGAGCGUUCGCAGUCUCUCGAUAACAGGUAUUCAAAAUUAUUGGACUCCCUCCUAUCUCCAGUAAUGUUUCUAUACAUCAUAAUUUGUUCACUAAUGAUUUGUGCGAGUGCAGUUCAAUUAUCAACGGAAGGCACCACAACUGUCCAAGGAAUAUGGAUUGCGGAAUAUUUACUGGCAUUAAUUGCACAGCUGUUUCUGUAUUGCUGGCAUAGCAAUACUGUUUUAUACACGAGUUUGAAAUUAGAUGACGGUGUUUACAAAAGUGCUUGGUGGUCUCAUGGUGUGAAGAUAAGACGCAGUGUGUUAUUGCUUGGAGGGCAAUUGAAUAAAACAAUCGUCUUUACUGCUGGUCCAUUUACAAGACUAACACUUUCAACAUUCGUCACGAUAAAACAACCUAACAUGGUCCUCACACUGUAUAAAAACGACGUAAGCUCUCCUGCCAGGUCUGUCCUAAUGGUAAUCGAACACUUGAAGCUGCCAGUACAAUUGGUUGACGUGAACUUCAUGAAAGGAGAGCAGCUUACAGAGGAGUUUAAAAAAAUCAAUCCACAACACACGCUGCCCACGUUGAUAGAUGACGACUUCGUACUUGGAGACAGUCAUGCUAUUUCGGUGUAUUUAAUAAACAAAUACGCGAAGGAUGACUCUCUCUACCCCAGCGAACCUAAACUAAGAGCCAUUGUUGAUCAACGUCUGCACUUUGACAGCGGUAUCUUGUUCCCUGCAUUGAAAUAUGGUUUUAGUCAAGUUGUCUUGCAAGGAGGUAAAAAACAGACCGAUGAUGCCGUAGAAAAGAUCAUAUCUGCGUACGAGUUCACAGAGCAAUUUGCAACCAAAACCUGGUUGGCAGGAGAACAGUUCACAAUCGCUGAUAUCUCCUGCGUGGCAUGUAUCAGUGGCUUGAACGAAUUAAUUCCUAUUGAUGCACAGAAGUAUCCCCAUUUGUAUGCCUGGUUGAAACGUUGUUCAGAGUUGGAUAUUUACAAGAAAAAGAAUGCUCCCGGAAUCAAAGAAUUGGGAGAAAUAUACCGAAGCAAAUUAGCAUAAGAUAUCUUAUUUAAUUAAUUAUUUUAAAUAAAUUGCAUAAUGUUUUA